AUGGACGGCCUUUUGACUGCGGUCAAGACCAUCAAGCGGGAUUCUGAUUCCCCUUUGGUCGCGGUUGAAUCUCGAAGUCACAAUGACGCUUCUCUCAAGCCCGCCGCAGAUCUUGGUCAACAUAUAUCUUUUGAGCAGGUCAUAGAUGUGUUCAGGUCGCACCCUGAUCAAGAAGAGCUUUCUGCAGUCCUUGCAGCUCUUGACCCGUUCAAUGCAUCGAGAAAGAUACAGGAUCUAGACAUCCGAAUUGCAGGCCCGAAAACUGCCCAGAUUCUCCAGCUUUUAGUCAGCACUAUCAUCCCGGACCACUGGACACCUCUGAAUGGCAAGGAAAGCAAGACGAAGGGUGCAAAAUGCCGAGGAGCUCUGCUACGCUGUCUCAGCAGUAUAGCAGGUCUUGGCUCUCUUGUAGCCCAACUCCGAACUUAUAUUUUGAACGUUCGGGCGACACCUCAAAAAGCUGAAGGCUCAAGCAGCCACCUCAUCAUCCGGGAUCUCCUAUCUGUCCUUGCUGCUUUGCUGGAACCAAAUAAUUUCCUUCGUCGUCUUUUCACAGAUAAUUCAUCUUUUGACGAUAACAGGACUCGGCAGCAAGUUGCACGGAGAGAACUCGCGUCGCUUGUUGCUGCUGGUAAAAUCCUUUCCACAGCAGCAGAAGCACUCACCAUUAUCAAUGUACCUGAGCCCGCGUCAUCCAUCUCUUGGAUUGGUAAUGGCCCUCGCUAUGCAGCCUGGCUGGGAAGAAACAUCGCCUAUUUAGUCUCCGAACUCAAUGCAGAUAAUGAAAAUGAUUGGACUUCAAUCGGUUUCCUCACAGGGCGAGCAUUGAGUCUAGGCUAUUCGGAUCAGCUAGUUCGAGAAAUCUACUUGAGCCUGCUCUUUGAGCAGUCAUCUUCUGGGCAAUUUGGCUUGCUUAUGGACCAUCUCAAACUACCGGAGCAACUUGCUAUGCUAGAAGCUAUUUUUCGCGAUGUGCAGAAAACCCAUUUCUCAUACGACCUCUCUGGGUCAUUUGAACAGCCUGAAGCAUUCGGCAGCAUCGUCACAGGAGUCGCAGCACUGUGUAAAAUUAUCAUAGCGGAUCGACCAUUCUUGAAAAACCAAAUCACGGAUUGGCUCUCAAAGAGUCAAGGUGGCUCAAUCCAGACAGUUGGUCUACGCCGUGCUUUAAUAGCGACUUACGAUAACUCCACUGACACAUUGAGAUCUCUGCUUUCUCACAGUCUUGACCAGUUUGGCGACAAGUUUUGUAUCAAAAACGUCCCGAACAUCAUCCAGAAUGCCAAUGCUCAAAUCAUUCUAAUCACAGCAGGUCGGCUGAGCCGACUGGAUCCGCUCCAGGUGCAAAACAUUGGACGUACGAGUGUCUUUCUAAACGCAGUCUCCAAUCGACUCGCAGCCUCAUCAAACAGAGCACGGUUCUUGGGCAUGAUUGUAGGGACUGGGAUUUCUGGGCUUAUAGAAGAGCCAGGAAAGGCCCUGAAAUUUGAUCUUGAAGAAAUGCAUAGCGAGGAAGCACGCUGGUACCUGAGCUUCACCAAAGUCUACGAUGAGGUUGGACCAUUUGAAUCCAUCAACAAAUUGCGGAACACAGAUUUCAAAACAUUGCAGCCUGUCAAAGAUGUUCAGCCUCGUCGGAACCAAAAAUCGAGUGCACGCCCAACCCGACAUCAGACAAGCAAGAUAGUUGCUAUCGAAGAAAUAGAUGACAGUGGAGAAGAAUCCGGUGAAGAUGAAGAUCUCAUCCCAUAUGAGAAACCCGAUGACGAUUUGGAGGAUGAGGAUGAGGAUCCUACAUUGAUCCAACGGAACAAGCCAAGUGCCCCGAUCUACAUCCGCGACCUGAUUACAUACCUCCGUGACCCUGAGAAUGUUGAUCGCUACCAUCUUGCCAUCACUACUGCCCCAUCUCUAAUCCGUCGUAAGACGGGAUUCGGAACUGAACUCGCUGAGCAGAUCGAAGAACUGGCCCUUACUCUUGUUGGUCUUCAAGAUGAACACAAGCACCCAUCCUUUCACGAAUCACGCCUCCAAAGCAUGAUCGCUCUCAUUGUCUCACAGCCUCUCAAAAUGGGUCGCUGGUUCACUGCAAUCUUUUUUGAUGGAGACCUGUCCCAAGUUCAGAGAUCUGCUGUGCUAACAGCCUUGGGUCUCGGCGCGCGUGAGAUUGCAGGCAAUGGCGAGGAUGAUGCUAAGGCACUGGGUCUUCCGACUCUGGGAGAUACCUCAUUCCCAUCUAAGCGGCUGUCGCCUGCAUUGGAAGCCAUGUUUCUGGGCGCAAAUGAGUCUCCCAUUGCAACUCUCACCAGGGAAAUGUCACGAACAUCGCUGCAGCCACUGGCGGCCGAUGCAGCAGACAAAAUGACAGGCCCGAAUGCCCUGAAGGUGCGCACCUUCUCGUCGCGUAUGGAAGUUGAGAAGAAGCGCCAGCAGCGCGAUGCCCAGAGACGGCAGAACACUGUAAAAGAUGUUCAUAAGGUGCUUGCCGAAGGCUUCUUCUACCCUCUCCAGGGCCGAUUCGAGAUUAUGAUGUUGCAAUUCUCUUCGUCAUCUGCCCCCUCUUACAACCCGUUCUUCGUACCGCACAUCCUCACCCUCUUUCUCCAAACCCUUUCCCUUAUCUUUUCUACUGCCGGCCCGCAUGGCCCGUUUCUUCCAGGUCUUACACAUGAAAUGCUUUCUUUGCUCAUAUCUCUGCACACAGCCCCGAUAUCUAGCGAGCCUACUGUCACCGCGGCGCUACUUAACCUCUUCCUUGCAGUUGUGGACGUGAAUAUUGCAUCUGGCUCAAGCGGCGAAGAACGCCUCGUCACCGAGUAUGCCACGAGGGUAAUUGAGUUACGCGAAUGGGCUUCUGAGGUCUUUGAUCGCAUGCCCUCCGGAGCCAACAAAACAGACUCCAGUGCCUUCUCUGAUCCACAGGAACAGGUGCGAACGCUGGCUGCUGGGGUCAUGGUGCGGCUUGGAGAGGUUAUAGAACGGUAUCAGGGUCGGUUGAUGGGCGUGAAUGCCGGCUUCAAGUACUAA